AUGCCAUGCCCAACAAACAAUAAAAAAAAAUCAAAGCAAGCUUAUAAGGCAACGGCAUAUAAGCAUAAUAUUAAUGUUAAUAAUUCUGAAGCAGAAAAUUCUGAUAACUUUUCUUAUGAUGAGGCGGUUGAGAAUAACAAUGCCGCAACUGCAGCAAACAAUUAUUAUAGCGAUAAUAAUGUGCUAAAAAAUUAUGAUAAUGAAAGUCUUUUUGCUCAUGAUGAGUUAAUUGAAAUUGAGAAUGAUAAUGCUGAAGGUUUUGCAAAAACACUUUUAAAUACAGCAAAUACCUUUUAUCAUGAAAGUGAUUCUAAUAAAUCCCGUAGGCUGCGCUACUUAGGAAACUCUAUCCAUACUAAAAGAAGAAAAAGACAGCAACAGCGUGAAGCAGCAAAAGAAAUGCCUACAUUGUUUACCUUUUGGAAUCAAGACAAGACUGCUGAAGAAGAUAUUGAAGUAGAAUUGUCUGAUGAUGGAUGGCUGGAUAAAGUUGAUGAAGUUGAUACUGGAAGGCUAUCAGAAGAUGAGAUUGAAACCUCUAAUUGGUAUAAAAAAAUUCAAACCACACUUGAAAACAUAACACUAGAUAUCAAAAAUGAGAAUGUAAAUAGUAAAGUUUGGGUGCGUCUUAAUAGGAAAGGGGUAUACCAUGCUAGCUUUCUUUGGGACAAAGAUAUUCUUCUUCAAAUCAAGUCGUAUGUUCGAGAAAAUAAGUGGAAUAUUACUCUACAUAUGGUUAUGCUACAGAUGAAUGAAGUUAUUUUACCAGGGCUCAGAUUUGCACCACCACCAACCAUUUCUUUUAAUACUGCAAAAAAUUAUCUGAAAGAGCUUGCAUUAUUUGCAUUUAACAAUGCAAAAAGUCAUACUACUUAUACAUCUGAUGUACUUGUUGCAAAGAAUAUGAACCUUAGUUCUGCUAGAAAACAAGAAAAAAUACACAGUACAUCAUAUUUUCGUGGAGGAAUAAAAAAUGAUCAGGAUAUGGUAUUUCCGUUGAAUUAUCACAUCCCUAAAUUACGUGGAGAGGCUAAAGGAUUAAAACAAGUUUUAAGUGAGAGAGGAUUGUGGCCAGAAAAAGGAUUGAAAUUACAAGAAGCUCGAGAAUUAAUGGGUCAACAGCCAGAUUUUCUG